CUAUGUUUGGAUUGAACAAAUCCAAUUGAGAUUUCAACUUUGAUUCAGUGAUGUAUUUAUAAGAACCACAUCUACUUACAAUCGUAUUCAACCUUCCCAAUACAACAGAAUGGCGACAGCCCGUCAACGCCAGGGAAAUGCCAAAAACACUUUCCACAUUCACGACGACGGAAUAAAGCAGGAAGAGUCAAUGGAGGAAGAGGGUACUGAGAAUGAGGAAUCUAGAGCUGAGGAUGAUGAUGUGCAAGAUGAAGGGUAUUCGGAUGAAUCCGAAGGAAGUGAUGAUGUUGUUGAUGCUGCCACUGCAGAGGACAUUGCGAAAUUCGAAGCAACUUUCAAGGGUAUAAAGGAGCGAUUUCGGCUGAUAAAUCGCAUUGGAGAAGGUAAUCAAGACACCCUUUAUGUUAUGAGACACUCAUUAAUGUGAACCAGGGACAUUUUCUACAGUUUACAAAGCCGAGGAUCUCUUAUAUGAACAUUAUGAUAAUGAUUGGGAUAUUGAAGAGAAAGAGCAUUCCGCAUGGACGUCACCACCUGUGAAGAAGGGAACUGGUGGAAUUCGAGAGGUUCUGGACGAAUACAAUCAACAGCGCCGUAGGCGGAAAUAUGUUGCUAUAAAGAAGAUUUAUGUUACCAGCAGUCCAACCCGAAUCCUCAACGAGCUCGAACUCCUUAAUGAUCUUCGAGGCUGCGAUUUUGUAUGCCCACUCAUUACAGCUUUCAGGCAUACCGAUCAAGUCGUUGCUGUCUUACCAUAUUUCAGACAUACGGAUUUCAGGGCAUAUUUUAGGAAGAUGAAGGUCUCAGAAAUGCAGGUAUACUUCCGGUCACUCUUCACCGCUCUAAAAGCGGUUCAUGCGCAGGGCAUUCUUCAUCGAGAUAUUAAACCAACGAAUUUUCUCUACGAACCGGAGCGAAAAAGGGGUGUACUUGUGGACUUUGGGUUGGCAGAACGAGAAGAGGAAGAUUGCAAAUCAUGCUUGUGUACAAGAGACUAUGACGUACGCAAGAGGAAGUUCGAGCAUAGCGUGGUCAUUCAAAAUUUGCCAUCGGUCGGCUAUCCAAAACAUGACAGUCGGCCAUCGAGGCGGGCAAAUCGUGCUGGAACCCGUGGAUUCCGAGCUCCUGAAGUGCUUUUUAAGUGUCAAGAGCAAAGAACGAAAAUCGACAUUUGGUCUGCUGGGGUCAUACUUUUAACUAUACUUUCAAAACGCUUCCCAUUCUUUAAUUCAGCGGACGAUGUUGAGGCCUUGAUUGAGAUUGCUACCAUAUUCGGGGCCAAGAGAAUGAAAAGUUGCGCUCAACUACAUGGAACGAUUUUCGAGACAAACAUUCCUACUAUUGGUCAGGUUGGAUUCGCACUCGAGAAAAUUGUUUUAUGGUCAACAUGUAGGAAUGGUGCAGGGCCAGAUGGGGCGGAGCAGCCAUUGACUAAGGAAGAGACGUUGGCUGUAGAGUUCUUGGAGCGCUGUUUGGAGCUCAAUCCACACAAGCGUAUCAGUGCGGAAGAUGCCUUAAAUCACCCAUUCCUUUCGGAAGAAACACGACAUGAAUUCAAGGACGAGGAUUAUGAUGAGGACGAAUUAAGUAUGGUUCAAGCCCGAUGAAUGGUGUAUUGGCGUGUUUGGCGUUAUGUGGCGUAUGGUAAAGAGUGUGGUAGAAACAUUCAUUGUGUGUAUAUAUUAGUAUUAUAUGGUUAAUAUCUUGUAUGCCAGUCCCCGAGGUACUAUUACAUA